AUGGCUGUUGAGGAUGCACGCGCAGUCGACAGUGCAUGGAUCAUUGAGCGAGCCAACGAAGUGCGUCAAACAGGAUCAACUCUAAUUCGUAACUUGCUUCCAGUUGAUAAAAUUGAUGAACUCAAUCGAGUUUUUCAACCGCUUCUGGCAGAAACUAUGCGAGCUGAAGGUGGAACUGGGAAUCGAGGACCAAAUCGGUACUAUGUCACUCCACCGUUUCGUCCGCCGUGGACUGAUGUAUCAAUUAUUAACAAUGAUAUUAUCAUGGCGAUUGUUUCCGAACUUGUGGGUGCCGAUGGAGUAUUCUGUCAAUUAGCUACUGACACUCCAUGCCAAGGAUCCCAAUACCAGACAUUGCAUCGUGAUACUCAGUCGCUUUUUCCCGAAUGGGAACAAGAGACCCCACCGUACCAGCUGGCUGUUAAUUUUCCUCUUGUUGAUUGUAAUCCAGAAAAUGGGCCACUGGAAAUGGCACCGUCAACACAUCUGUUAGCUAAAGAUGAAGCGCUUCAUCGCAUUGAAUCAGGCGAAAUACCACUGCAGCAAGUUCUGAUGAAACAAGGCGAUGUACUCAUUCGCGAUGUUCGACACAUUCAUCGAGGAACACCCAAUCAAACCGAUCAACCACGACCUAUGGUCGUUCUUGGCUAUAGUCGACGAUGGUUAUUUCGACCAGAAGUUCAAAUACGCAUCGCCCGAGAAAUACUGGAACAAUUACCGCUACGAACACGCAAUUGGUUACGAUUUAAUCCUGUGUUCAACACUCUGGAAGAAACGGAAAAGAACGAAGAACUCUAUCGUUCAUUCGCUUACUAA